UUCAUCUCUCAGUGUCUGAAACUACAAAUAAGCAUGGCUUUCUGCAUUUCUAAAAUGUUGUCCCUUCAUUUCUUAGUCUGGUUUUCCAUUCUAAUAUAUCUCUCUUCAGGAUUCCCGUUCCCUCCAGAGGAUUCUGUUCUUUCUUCAAAAGAAGAACAGUUUGGACAAUUCCAACAAUGGAUGAAGGAGCAUGGAAAAAUCUACCCAAACUCUGAAGAGGGUGAAAAUAGAUACCAGACAUUUCGAAACAAUCUGAAGCUUAUUACAGAGACGAAUGCUAAGAGAUCUGGGUAUCGUUUGGGACUCAACAAGUUUGCUGAUAUGAGUCCAGAGGAGUUUAAGAGAGUGUACUUACGUCAGCUACUGACGCCGACCACCACCACCCCGAACACCACCGCGAGGUCAGACUACGUGCAGCAGGACUCGUGUACACCACCUGCUUCGGUGGAUUGGAGACAAAAAAACGUUGUGACUGCGGUUAAAGACCAAAAGAAAUGUGGAAGUUGCUGGGCAUUUGGAACCGUCGGAGCCAUCGAAUCGAUACAUGCAAUCAAGACAAAUGAGCUUAUUUCCCUUUCUGAACAAGAACUUGUAGAUUGUGAUUCUGUGAGCCACGGUUGUUCAGGUGGAUCUACCAAGAGUGCCUUUCAAUGGGUUAUCAGAAACGGUGGGAUUAGUGAAGAAGUUAGUUACCCUUAUGAAGCUAAAAAUGGUGUCUGCAAAUCCAACAAAGAAAAUGGAGGCAAAGUAGUUAAAAUUAGUAACUAUGCAAAAGUAGCUCAAUCAGAUGGUGCUCUCUUAUGUGCCACUUCUCAGCAGCCUAUUACUGUGUCUUUGGAUGCAACAUAUCUUCAAUUAUAUCAGGAUGGAAUUUUUGAUGGAGAAAAUUGCGAGAGGGUUUCAACGUACACAAAUCACGCGGUUUUGAUUGUUGGAUAUGGUUCGGAAGAUGUAAAAGAUUACUGGAUUGUGAAGAAUUCGUGGGGAGAAAAUUGGGGACAAAAUGGAUAUUUCCUUAUCAAGAGGAAUUCAGGCUCACCAACUGGAGCUUGUUCUAUCAAUACUAAGGCCUACUUCCCCUCCAUAUAAUUUAUAGUCAAUGUAUCGAUUCUUAUUGUUAUGAUGAAAUCAAGUCCAUUAAGUUUUGAAUAAAAAAGUUAAUAGAUUAUUAACUAUACUAGAAUAUGUUA